AAAUAUUUGUAAACAACUUUAUGGGGAAUACGCCAUAUGCAAUGUAAAAGCUGAUUCAUUCGGUAGACCUUUAUAUAGUUUUGACUGUGAUAAAGAUUAUUAUUAUGAUCCGAGUUCGAAAAAAUGUGUCGGAAAUAAAGAAAACUAUUGCAAAAUGGGAGAUACGUCAUGUCAACAGACAUGUACCAUAGAGAAUGAAAAGCAGAAAUGCGGUUGUUUCAAAGAGUUUACAUUGAAUUCAGAUAAUAAAACUUGCGAUCUAGAAGGAAAAGAUAAUAUAACUUGUGAGAAUGGAAUAUUGAAAGAUGGUGUAUGUGAAUGCAACUUAGGUUACGUUCACGAAAACAAUAAAUGUGUUCAUAUAUGCAAUAGUUCAAAAAUUGAAGAAAUCUGUCCAAUGGAUUGUGUAUCUUGGGAUAAAGAAAAAUUUAGAUGUAAUUGUACAGGAAAAUACGAAUACUCUAAAGAUGGGAACACCUGUAUAGAGAAAGCGUUUUGUGCGAAAGGUGAAAUAGGAGAUGUUGAUUGUUCUAAGAAAAAUGCACAAUGUGAAAAGAAUGAUGAAGGAUAUGAAUGUGUUUGUCUUGAAGGAUUAAGAGAGUUAGAAAAUGGAAUUUGUUCAAGUGACUGUACUAAUGACGAAACGCAGGAAUGUAAAAAGAAAAAUCUUGAAUGUGAAUAUGAUGAAAACAAAAAUAUCAGUAAAUGCAUUUGUCCACUUUCGAUGGUGAUGUCAACGAAUGGAGCGUGCAAAUUUGCCAACAAUUCCUAUUAUAUGAACAUAGUUCUACAAAAUCCAAAGAAACAUUCUCGUAUUUUUAAAAGAAACGUAAAUGAAGCUAACAAAUUAAGCGUCUCUUAUCAUGAGAUUAAGAAGAGGAUGAUUGAUGCGAUGGCUAUUUUAUACGGAGACAAAUUUCAAACAGUUCAAGUCAUCAAGUGCAAAAAUCUGUCCGAAUUACUACUGACCGUUUGCUUGUCUGUUUAUAAGAAAUUCGGAGAAAAAUUAAUGAGGAGUCAUGAAAGGAUAGUAACUCUCAUCGUUCAAGAUUAA